GCAAGAUCAAGUCAUGUUCGGUAUUUCUCCGAUGAUGAAUUUCGGUUUCAGUUUUGUACUGACGACUUUCUUGGUUCCUCUUCUUCUUAUCGCGUAUGUAGUGGUGACGUGGACAAGAAAAUGUUGGAUAUCCUUCGUCAAGUGGAAACAUCCGAGUUACGUCAUUGUGGAGGAGAAUAGUAUUCGUAGCAUCUUGGACCAAGGACGCAAUCCCGGCAUAUGCACCCUUCUCGUGCAAGGACGUUCGAUCGUAAAGGGCGUGAGAAAUCAUUUGGCGCAUCUGGCUUCGACGAGAAAAUUCCUUAAAUCGGCUCUCUUCACGCGAUGGGGCGUAUACGUAUGGAAAGAACUUGAUUACUUUUCCGUGGACAAUCAUCUCGCAAAUUCACCGUACUCAUUUCGAGGUCGUCCUAUCACGGAGAACAAUAUACAGGAUUACAUAAGCGACGUCACAUCCAAGUUCCUUCCGAAGAAAUUACCGCCUUGGCAAGUGCACGUAGUCAACUUCUUGGCGCGAGGAGAAGAGCGUCAGAUAUGUCUCGUGCGAGCGCAUCACUUGCUCCUGCGACAGGAGCAUCUAACUUUGGCGGAUUUCUUGCCGUUGAAAUAUUCGACGGACAACUGGACUUGUCAAGAGAGCGACUCGCCCUUUACGAAUCUGUAUACCCAACCCUCCGCUCUACCGCGUCUCCGACAGAUGUUCCGAGAGAGCUUCAGCAACUACUGGAACGAUUUUCUUUACAAUAACGAUCCCACAGAGCAGCCGGGGAUUCUAAAAAAGCGUAUAGGAAUAUGUCAGUGUAUCAAGAUCGCGACGAUAGUGUUGGUUUGCACUUUGAAGGAAUUGGCCAGACAGUGCCGAAAGUCGGGAGGAUUAAAACUUUUGGAGCUGCCGUCGAUCGUCCGGCGCGAAUCGAGGAAGAGAAAUUUUAAUUCUCAAAUGAUAUAUGACUCCAUUGCGAAAUCUCUCAACCCGAUCGACGUUCUCUGUACAUGCGUUGCUCUGUCUUAUAUCGUGAUCGCGUCGUUUCUGAAGACGCCUUUCUUACUCAUUCGAGAAUUGCGAGCUUUACUGUCGCGGCAUAAAUAUUGCAAUUAUCCUACGGACACCUUGAUGUACACGCUGUCGUGUUACCUUCCUCUGACGUUUCAAGCAAUUCGGGAGACGAUGUCCAUCAGCUGGAUAGCCGCGACUGCACCCAAAAUCAUAAUCGAGGAGCUAUUUUUGAAGAAUCCGCAAUCGAAUCGACUGCAGACCAUCUCGCCAUGUGGCAGGAAAGUAGUGGCUUGGUCUGAAGAGGUGGACAUCGAGCUCGUACGAAAAAUGGCUAAUGUGACUGGCGCGACGGAGAUGGAGAUUCUUUUAACAGCUACCGUGGACGCCCUGAAAGAAUACUUUAAGCAUUUGGCCGUCAACGUGCCGGAUGAUGUAUUCGCGACAGUGAAAUACGUGAGUCAGCGAUCAGUGUUUCUUCGAAAUCACGAGGCCAGGGGUAUCCUCUGUAUCGCGUUACCAACCAGAACACCAUUGUUCCACGACGACCUCAUUGAAAUAUUGCAGGUUAUUCAACGAAACGUGCAGAAUGCCAGGUCCCGGCAAAGCGCAAUUUACGCUCUCACGGCAGCGGAAACAUCCUGCGGAUUAAUUUCGUCCUGCGUUCCGUCCAUCGUUUUGAAAUUACUUUUAAAUCAGCUGUCGAAAAGAUACUCUCUAUGUUUAACGCAUGUUGACGGAGAUUUACCUGUGGAGGGCAUAGACGGAGCGGUUUACUGGCGACCACCGCAAGGAAAUUGCAACAUGUCUAUGACUCUGCACAGGCAUAGGAACGGAGUACGCCUCGGUAUAAUGGGAGACGCCUUGAUCGGCCCUCAGCAUUUUAUCAUCGCGAGAGCGUUUCCUAAAAGCGUACGAAAUCUCGCCGGCGUUCUAGGCGUGCCGAGAGCACCCAUCCGAAGUCCAAGUCCUAAUCCACUCAAUCCGACUACGUCUCCAGGAUACUGAUCUCAGGUAUCUACCUGAGAUUGAUGGCUCAGAUUCACCGCAAAAGGGAAGAAAUUUGGAAAUUUUUCUCACUCAAUUUUAUAUACUACUACUAUAUACUGUAUAA